ACAGUAGGUGUUUUUUCCUUGUGUCCUCACCGUUUUGCAUUCAGCAGAGUUCUUAGUCAAAACCCUUUAAUUUAAGAACUUUCCCUUCCAAGGAUGAAGCUUAUCAGCCUUCAGGGCACAAUGCAAAGUUUGCUGGCUUCCUUCAUGAGGGUGUUAGGAAACUCUUCAGAGGAGUGACUCCUGGGUUGAAUGGAUCUUGUAUUAAAUUCUCAUCUUUCACAGUUAAGGUAAUAAAUGGUCUUCAUCCAUGUGUCUGGAGAACUUGCAAAGUAGGUUUGAGCAGUUUUCCUUUCAAACACGUGGUAUUUUAGCCAGUAUAUCUUGCUGCAUAUUACAGUCUAGAGCGCAGAGACCUCUUUCCCCGUUCUCCCGAUGACAGGUUCCUGGUCGUUGACUGAAUCGUGUUGUGUGCCUUCACACCCGUUUCCUUCUCCAAAAAAAGGCAAUAGGCACGAGGACGGGACGCAGAGUGACUCUGAAGACCCCGUGGCGCCCAAGGCAGAGAAAGAGACGACGACGGGCAGUGAACGUGCGACGGAGCAAGCCAGGCUGCAGCGCCAGAUGAGGCGUGAUCCCCAUGAGAUGCUGCACAACAAGCAGGCCUUUGUCAUCGAGUUCUUCGAGGACACGCCACGGAAGAAGCGGUCACAGUCCUUCACGCACAGUGCUCACUCCUCCCAGAGCGACACCGAUCCAGGGCUGAAGACCAAGGUUGAAAAGCGCAAGAAUGCGUUGCCUGCAGAGAAGCCAGGAAACGCGGUGCCACCGUCCCACGUUGGGGCCCAGGCGGGCAAACCCAACAACAGCUCCUCUGGGACCCAGAGAAGUAGCUCCUUCAAGAGGGAGAAGACAGAGGAUCGGAUCAACACUUCAUCCUCUUCCGCUUCCAGAGCGUCAGGCAAAACUUACGGGAGCGUUGGGAGGAAGUCUAAAAUGGCUCAGGAUUUUAUGGCCGAGUACUUGCGAGAGACUGCUCAGUCUGGGAAACCGAAUGCUGAGAAACCGGUGCCUCUGCCCAUGCCGGUAGCUCCACGCGUGGUUAUAUCGUCAGAACCAGAGUCUGUCUCUGCUCCACCACUGGAGGUAAAGUCUGCCCAGGGCAGGAGGAACGAUGAGGAAGACAGUGUCAGUGAGACGGGCACAUACACCAUUGAGACGGAGGCGCAGGAUAAAGAGGUGGAGGAAGCGCGAAAAAUGAUAGAUCAGGUUUUUGGUGUUCUUGAGUCACCUGAAUUUUCCAGAAUCUCUUCAGCCUUUAGACCAGUAAUUAAAGGUGAAAAAGAUGACUCCGGUUCUCAUCAGCAUCUAAUCAGUGAAAAUGGCACUAGUCAGAAGUCACCCUUGCUCCAGGCAUUUGCCUCAAAAGCUGCAAGUGGGUCUCAGGCUGAUGCGCAGAUGUCUGCAGCAUCUCAAGGGAGUCAGAAGUGGGUGUCUAGGUGGGCGAGCCUUGCGGACAGUUACUCUGACUCUGGAUCUGUCUCUGGGCAGGGUGAUGGAGGUGCAGAAAGCAGCGUAGCCCCCAAACCCGGGGAACCAGAAAAUGUUGUGCCCUUGAGAACAAGGCGUCUUCUUCCCCAGCUGCCACCAAGCGAUAAGUCGGACAGCCCCACACCCACGGUCCUGGUUUGCCAGGAGUCCUUUUCUGAGGUUACCAAGAGAACUAUCGUGAGGGACCACUGUGUGGAAACCUAUGGUGAUCCCAGCAGCCGCCUCUUCAUUCAAGAAGACUUGGAUCCAGAUAGCCUCAGCGAUGCCAGCAGAUCUGACGAUGGCUUCAGCAUGGAAAAAGGCAAGAAAUAUAAAGAGAACAAUAAAAUGCUAGAGCAGAUGGGAGAAGACGCAAGAUUAGAGAACCGACAGCCAGGAGCUCCCCGGGUCUCAAACGUGAGAGCUGUAAGUGAGCCAGUUUCUACUUCGUUCUACAUUGGUGAUGACAGCAACGAUGUAGUGAUUCCCUCUAAGCUCUCUCUGACCAUGUCCCAUGCUCGAGCAGACAAAGACGGUAAGGAUCAGGAGUUUUCCUUCAAGUCUGCCGGCACACCGGUUCUUGGAAAGCCACCAGUCAAAGACGUUAGUGCUUACAUAAAUGCAGCUGGAAAAGUGGUUAUUUCCCUUCAUCAGAGUCUUCCUCAAGAUCAAGAAAACAUGGCAGGAAAAGAAACAUCAUCUUUUGUUAGACAGGAAAGUUUUACCAAAGAUAAAUCAAGCAGUGGUGUUCCUCAAAAUAAACUCCCGCAUAUUUCAAGUCACCCUCUGCUUAAAGAUUUAGAGGCUGUUCGGUCAACUCGUAUGGACUUUGGUCAGGAGACUCAUCUUCUCCUUAAGGACACUGAAACCGCCUUGGCAGCACUGGAAGCCAAAUUACUUGGUCAAAGUCAACAGCUGGAGCCCUCAGAAACUGCUGGUCAGCUGGAGGACUCCUUGUCAGGGGACUCGGAUGUGGACACUGCCAGCACAGUCAGCUUGGUGAGCGGCAAAAACGUCCCGACGGGCGCCCCGAAACGCAAAGCAGUCGUGAGCUUGCAGAAGGAGAAAUCUUCCUCCACGCCGUCCAUCCAGGACCAGUGCGGGCAGCCUAGCGCUCGGGACAGGCUGACGGAGAAGCGGAAAACGCAAGCACCGGAGACACCAAACCGUGCGGAGGCCGCCAAACGCUUCCAGAUGAAGCGGAGCGCUGGGACUCGAGGGUCACUCGACUUCACGGAUGACGAGAGAAGUUCGAGCUUGCCCUACCUGCCGGUCCCUGAUGCGGUCGUGUCUGACCAUGAGCACUCAGUAUCCCGGCCGGUUCCCAGAAGGAAACCUUUUACUCAGGCCACCAAGGAGGACCAGAACAAAACAACCUCAAACGUGCAGAAAAUCCAGCAAGUUCUUACCCGCUCCAACAGUUUAUCCACCCCGCGGCCCACGAGGGCCUCAAAGCUACGUCGUGCCCGGCUGGGAGAUGCUUCGGACAACGAAUGUCUCGAUGCUGAGAAAACGGCCUCCAACCCUGAAGCCACCGCUCCAGGCCCCAAGCAGUCCACGGAGACGAAGAAGCUCUCCCGACUGGACAUCCUUGCCAUGCCGAGGAAACGGGCAGGUUCGUUUACGGUGCCCAGUGACUCCGAGACGGCGCAGUCAAGGACGGGGUUUUCUGGCCGGAGUGUGGAGUCCUGUCGGAAGACGGGUGUUUCGGAAGUUAGAGCUGCAGCGAGGAAAAUGGCAGCAUCAAGGCGGAGACCACAGGGUUCAGAUUACACUUCUACUUCGGAGGAGGAAUAUGGCUCAAAUCACAGCUCCCCUAAACACAAACGCUCCCAUACUUCAACAGCCACACAAACACCGAGGAUACGUGGCUCUGGGCUGAGCAAGCAGAAGCACAAUGGCAGAGAAACGGAUGACGAUGAAGAUUUUGAUGACCACCCUGACCCGUACAACUUCAUGGCGCAAACGGCAGAAAUAGCAGAAAUAGCCAGGCUCAGCCAAACCUUGGUGAAGGACGUGGCCAUCCUUGCUCGAGAGAUUCACGAUGUUGCUGGAGAUGGGGACUCUCAGAGUUCAUCGGGGACGGCACCAAGCACCUCCCUCAGCUCUGUGCCCAACACUCCUGCUUCCACCAUAUCAGCGAGAGAGGAGAUUGCUCGUAGAUCUUUUCGGCUGGCAUAUCCAUCUCAGUUGGUGCAGCACAUUCCAGAAGCAAGUCUGAACUACCAGAAAGUGCCUCCGGGAUCAGUGGAACUGAAGGAUUUUGACCAAAAUAUGAACGAUAAUAGAGAAGAGGAUCCCUCAAGAAAAACGAGGACAAGAAACCGUGAGGAGGUAAUCUUUGACAAUCUGAUGUUGAACCCGGUGUCCCAGUUAUCGCAUACAAUCCGUGAAAAUACAGAAAACCUAGCUGAAAAAAUGAAGAUUCUGUUUCAAAACUCAGAAAGGACCUGGGAGGAGAUGGAGGCCAAAAUUAAUUCAGAAAAUGAAGUGCCAAUUCUGAAGACAUCAAACAAGGAAAUCAGUUCUAUCCUGAAGGAGCUUCGGAGAGUUCAAAAACAGCUUGAAGUCAUAAACGCCAUCGUUGACCCUACUGGAAACUUGGAUGUAGUUGCCAGUAACAAAUCAUCUUCUGCUGCUAAACAAUCUACAGCCACUAAAGUCAGGACUGCUAACACGUCUGGGUCCACGCUGGAGACUUUGUCCCCAGCACAGAUGAGAAACUACACACAGAAAUCGAACUGUGGGUCUUCUCGCUUACAAGAUUCGAAUUUCAUUCCAGAUGGAGAGAAGUAUGUGAUCUGA